AGGAGUGGGCACUGCCGUCGGCAGCGGCGAGUGGCUGGGGCAGGGGUUCACAUAACACUAGGGACCAAAGAAGCAUGUGUGAUAUUUCUGUGGUGCUGGGACCAGCCUUCUGAAAGAAGAUUCUAACUUUUUGCCUUCAAGCUCUUUGUCCUGGGACUGACUUGUCUUUGAAGAAGAGCUCAACAGAGAAGAUUUUUUCACAUUGGAAUAUAAAUAAACCUAUUUGAAUAACUUGCUACCUGGAGACAGAUUUACACAGAUUGAUUCCUGCUUUUCAUCUGCGUUCCCACUUCAGACUGUAAACAAUGAGUGAGUUUUGGUUGUGUUUCAACUGCUGUAUUGCGGAGCAGCCUCAGCCUAAAAGACGACGGCGGAUUGACCGAAGCAUGAUUGGUGAGCCUACAAACUUUGUUCACACAGCUCAUGUAGGAUCGGGAGACCUGUUCAGUGGAAUGAAUUCGGUCAGCUCAAUUCAGAACCAAAUGCAGUCCAAGGGAGGAUAUGGAGGUGGGAUGUCUGCAAACGUUCAAAUGCAGCUUGUAGAUACAAAAGCAGGAUAACCUUGGGGAUACUUUUCCAGUUUACAUGAGUUCCUGUAUCUUCUUUCCUGUGUGCCCUUUUUUGCCUUGGUGACUGCUUUCUGUGCUCAUGAUGAGAGAAAUGAUGGCUCGUUGUUCACCUGUUGUGAUUACUCCAGUUCAAAGUUGCUGUUCUGCUCUGAUGAUGCCAUUUAUCAGAUUGGUCCAACUGUGCCUUUCAGUGGCAUGCACACAUUGGCCUUUACCAGAAUCAUGGUCAUAGGACUGUUUAGAAUCGGGUUUAGCUUUUUGUUUGUUUUAAAUUAAAGCACCAACCUUAGCUUUCCUCAUCCUUCACAAAUACUAAUGCGCAACAUUGUGUUGCUCUUUAAUCUUUUACAUCUUUUAUCCACUCAAGUAAUCUAGAAAUGAGUGAGUUUACGUUACUGUCUUCAAUCAUCUAUCAUUCAUACCGAAUUUUGCAGGUUCUGGGACCUGCAAGCACAAAUGAUUAUUUCAUAGGAAAUCAGCAAAGCAGACGACUGCAUGCUUUGUGAGGUUAUAUUGUAUGGUGGCCUGCUUGGUGCUAGAAGAGGAAAAAUUAAAAUUGCUUAAUGCAGACUGGUGAAAAUUUUUGCUGUUGGCACUGAGUCGUGCCUGUUUCUGAAAAAGGACUUUCAGUUUAUCUAUUUUGGAGUUACGUUGUUAUUUUAGUUUUUAUCUAACUGGUCUUGAAAUAAUAGAGAGAGCUUGCAUUUAUGAGGCAUUUGUUGUAAAUUUUUAGUAUAUUUAUUUUAAAAGAGCUGACCUUGAGACUGUAAACCAGUGUAGUACUCUAUCUAGAUGUUGUGGAAGCGAUUUAGUCUAUUUAAAAAAGAAAAGCAUCAUGUUUGCCUGCUAUUCUUACUUUCUACAGUUUUUCUUAAUUUUAGGCUGUAUGGUCAUUCCCAAUAGCAGCAUGUCAGACUGUCUGCAACAUUAGCUGAAAAGGCUUUGUAGACCUCUCUGAGUAGUUGGCAGUUCCUGUGUACUAAUUAUUUUGGGGCCGUGGAAGUUGCUAAGAGGAACAUACUAAUCUGGCUGAACUGAUGCCAAUGAAAACAACAUACAGGGUGACUUUUUAACUAAGUCAGUAAAAUGCCUUUAGCUCAGGUUCCAAAGCAUGUUUCUUUCAUACUUUGAGAAACUGUGUUUUAAUAUUGCACUGUUUUCAGAUCCCUUUUUUCCCUUCCCUCUUGAUCCUUUGAGAGAAGUAAAUGAUUUUAGUCCUCAUUAAGUUCUUAUGUUUAAAAAACAAAACAAAAACAAAACCCUCCCCCCAAAACUAACAUCCAAACAAAAGAGGCAUGACUGAGCCUAGUCAGAUCCAUUUUUAUAUGUAAACACUUAUGUUUACUUACGUGUUACAGCAUGCGUUCAUAAAUACAGAUCAUAGUCAUAAAUGAUUCUUUAUUCUUUUUCCAUCCUUUCCCUGAUUUCUUACUGCAAAAGCUGUCUUAUCAAUUUAAACAUGUAUGAACCUACCUACUUUUCUCUCUGUUUGUGAACAACAUAGAAAAUACAGGGCCAUGGAGGUAGUUUGCCUUCCCUAAUUUUUAUUCCAGUGGUGGGUGUCAAUUAUCUGGUUAAAUAGUUCAAAUUAGGUUGGAUAGUCUUCACCAAUAAAGGUACUGAUUUAUGACAACAGAACAUGAAGACAUUCAGUUUUCUGGAUGCAUAAACACAUAGCAGUGCAGUGAUACAUUUUUAAUUUUUUUUUUUAGGGUCAACGUUUCCAAUGCCACUUUAUCAAUGAGUCUUAAAUAUACUAUGGUUACAAAAUUAUUUGAACUUUGUCAUUGGUAAUAGCAGCGUAAACCUGCUUGCCAAACCUAUCUCGAUCUUGUCAAAAUGUUUUCAGCUCAAUAGCCAGGAAAAAGAAAUUAACGUAUUUUUAUGACAUACAUUUUUUUUUUACAUUGUGUUCAUUCUUGAAUAAAGCCAGUUUGGUAUUGGGUUGUAGAUAUUGAAAGGAAAGCGUUGACUUUGAUUCAGUAAAUGUUUCUUUCAGUUGGUGGCCUACCCUUUUUCUUUUUCAUAAAUUACAUUUGCAUUAGAAAAACAUUUGCAGUCUACAGAUAAAUUUGUGGUCAAAAUUCUCUGAAGAGUAACCUCCUAGUGUCAAUAAGGAAUUUGCAGGCUUGAGGUUUUUUCAUGCCCUUGACUCUUUUGUUGCCAAGAGGAUUAAGCUGUAAUUUUACUGGCAGUUCUUUUGCAUUGAUUUUAGCAUGUAUACUUGGGGAUUCUGCAAGGAUUCUUCAAAGGAAGAGUUCUUGAAAAAUAAAUUUGAAACCUUCAUGUACAGGAUUUCUGUCCUUUUCACUGUGACGGAUAUGUGUGUUACUUUCUUGAUUGUGAUGCAAAUUUGUAUGACUAAUCAUUGUAAUAUGCACAUCUGCAUUAAAUAUACCUGUAAGGCACAAUAUUGUCUACUCUGUAUUUGGCUUAGUUUUUAUAUUUGACAUUCUCAAAAGUUAAAUCAUUAAGCAUGGAUUUGCUACUUUAAACUGCAUGACAAUUUGUUCAAAAGACUGAUAAAGAACUCUUCUGCUCAUGACAAAUUCUUGAAAUUGCCAGUUGAGGUAAAAAGUUAGUUCUACGUGAAAAGAAAGAUAAU